AUGGCUACUCCGACCGCGUUACCCCCGCUGCCCUUCAACCCGGGCCGGGUUCGAUCGUACCUCGUGCGGUUACCGCUGUUCACGCGACUUGUCCUUCUGGUGAUACUUGCAUUCUGGUUGCUAGAGCUACAGACCAUCUGGAGCGUGGUAGAGUGGGGUGCCUUGAUUCCAAAUGAAAUCAAUCUUGGAACUAUGUACCGUCUCAACACCUACCCCAUCAUUCAUACCGGUUUCUUCCAUGCCUUUUUGAAUGCUCUAGCAUUGACACCUCUGUUGGAACGGUUCGAGGCGGAGCAUGGCACACUCACCGCGAUUGCUUUGUUUAUUGGACCGCUCUCUACCUUGCCAGCUGGGCUGUACAUUUUGAUUGAGAAGGUGAUUUUGCAUGGAAAUACCUCUGUCCUUGGGUCGAGUGUCUGGGUCUUUCUUCUUUUGGGCUCCGAGGCGAUCCGGACGUUCAAGUCCAACCCCUACUUCAGUCUUGGCCCAUACAAAAUUCCUACGUGGACAUCGCCUCUCUUAGCCUGCGUUGUCCUGUCCAUCCUGGUCUCGAACGUCAGCUUCCUUGGCCAUCUCUGUGCCAUUCUUGUCGGUUAUCUGUUCGGACUCGGUUAUCUCAAAGUCUUUGUGCCCCCUGAGAAGGUUCUUCGUUGGAUUGAGGGCAAGCUCAACCUCCUGGGAAGACUGCCACAUUAUGUGUCUGUUGACCAGAAGACCUACGGCCGAUAUGGUGUCUUGCCCUCAAACAGCGCCAGCGGCACCAGCGGAAACCAGGUGCCCAUGAGCUUUUUGGGAAAUUCCCAGCGUCUUGGCGCAUAA